CCAUCGACUCGCAGCAAUCAUCAUCACACCGUAGAAAAGCUUCGAAGAAUUCAGGGACAUAGAACCACCUCGAUCUCCGACAUCUCCGCCGCCGAUCAAGGUUGAUAAAGCACCACCAGCUAGGGAAGAUGCGGAUGAGUUGCAACGGCUGCCGGGUGCUGCGCAAGGGGUGUAGCGACGGGUGCACCAUCCGCCCGUGCCUGGAGUGGAUCAAGAGCCCCGACGCGCAGGCCAACGCCACCGUCUUCCUCGCCAAGUUCUACGGCCGCGCGGGGCUGCUCAACCUCCUCGCCGCCGGCUCCGACACCCUCCGCCCGGCCCUCUUCCGCUCGCUGCUCUACGAGGCGUGCGGCCGGAUGGUCAACCCGAUCUACGGCUCCGUCGGCCUGCUCUGGUCGGGCCAGUGGGAGGCGUGCCAGGCCGCCGUCGAGGCCGUGCUCAAGGGGAACCGCAUCGUCCAGGUGUCGUCCGAGGCCGUCGCCGCCGCGCAGGCCACCCCGCCUCUCGGUCUCAGGGCGUACGACAUCCGCCAUGUCGCCAAGGACACGGCCGACCCUCUCCGUGUCUCGCGCGCUGGGCGCACCCGGUUCAAGCGCGCGUCGUCGUCCACGGCCAAAUCCAAGAGCUCUGGUGCGAAGCGCGCGCCGUCCUUCACAGGGCGAGAGACGGAGCGGGUGGCCGUCGGCGAGCAUGAUGACUGUCUCGACCACGCGCCGACCCACGAGGAGUCGGCCGGCAGCCACGACCACGGCGGCCACGUUGACGACGACGGCAUGGCGGCAGUCGAUCAGGCGCUGGAAGAGUCAGAGGACACCGAGAUUGAGGCGGGCUCGCACUCGCACUCGCACUCCCACGUGAGCCAGGCAGAGCGGAGCCCUUUGCCACCAGUGCGGCAGGUGGCCCAGAAUGAUUCACAAGAUGACGACAUUGAGCUGGAACUGACGCUCGGGUUCGAGCCGGUCACGCGCGUGGCGAGGUCGCCGCCGGCACGCUCUGACUUCAGCAGCUUCAGCGCCGAGUCCUGCCACAUCGGUCUGCGGCUUGAGCUGUCGGCGUGAGGGACUGCCGGCAACAAUGGUAGAAGACAGUUUUGCGAACGUGUAGUCUCUUGGGCUCUUCCUUCGCCUAGUUUUUUCUUUCUUUUGUGUAAGAGCGUCUCUAAAAGACUCUUAAAAGUGGUUGUUAAACCUUUAAAAUACUCGAAUUGUACAGUUUAACUUGAAAAUAUAGAGUAGGAAACAUCACUUAAAAUCGCCCACCCUUAUAAUAAUAUUUUUAGGGGGCCUGAGAAUCAGAGCCCAACAUUCAUAUAUCUCCAGGUUGGGCAGUAGUUUUCAUAGGUUUAAAGAACCAAAUGCAUGCUAUAUUGAGCAUAUUAUGAGAUGCUUAAGUACUAGCAUGUUGAACCCUUCCAUUGGUGAUGUUUUUAAGGUUCAUUUGUUA